ACUGGCGCGUGGCUGCGCUUCCCUUCCCGGUUCGGAGGUGAAACCCCAUUGGCUCCACUGGCUCCUUGACUUAAACCACGCCCGGCUGCCUGCCCGCUUCGCCUCCGCCGGGCCGGGCCGCCCAGCCCCAUCCCAUCGCUGCCCCGUGUGCCGGGAGCCCGGGGCUGCUGCGGCUGCUAUUGUGUGGAUGCGGCGCGUGUUCCUCUUGUCUUGCAGAGAUGGCUAACCGCGGCCCGAGCUACGGCCUCAGCCGGGAGGUGCAGGAGAAGAUCGAGCAGAAGUACGACGCCGACCUGGAGAACAAGCUGGUGGACUGGAUCAUCCUGCAGUGCGCCGAGGACAUAGAGCACCCGCCCCCCGGCAGGGCUCACUUUCAGAAAUGGUUGAUGGACGGGACGGUGCUGUGCAAGCUGAUAAACAGCUUAUACCCACCGGGGCAAGAGCCCAUUCCCAAGAUCUCAGAGUCAAAGAUGGCUUUUAAGCAGAUGGAGCAAAUCUCCCAGUUCCUAAAGGCUGCGGAGAUCUACGGCGUGAGGACCACGGACAUUUUUCAGACGGUGGAUUUAUGGGAAGGGAAGGACAUGGCGGCUGUGCAGAGGACCCUGAUGGCUCUAGGAAGUGUCGCAGUCACCAAGGAUGAUGGCUGUUACCGGGGAGAGCCAUCCUGGUUUCACAGGAAAGCCCAGCAGAAUCGGCGAGGAUUUUCCGAGGAGCAGCUCCGCCAGGGACAGAACGUCAUAGGCCUGCAGAUGGGUAGCAACAAGGGAGCCUCCCAGGCGGGCAUGACUGGGUACGGGAUGCCCAGGCAGAUCAUGUGAGACGCCGCAGCGGGCCCCAGUAGAGAGGACGAAUGUUCCACACCACGGUCUCUAGGACAAAGAAAUAGUUAGUCACCUCUGACCUCCUCUUUCUCAAAGCCUCCUGCCCCUGGUUUUUGCAAGUGCUGCACUUCCGCUGAGACUCCACGUUGCCUACUGCCGCCACCUUCUGUUCAUUUAGAACUAUGCAAAGACUGCGCUCCCUUCCUCUCCCCAGCCCCUUCUUUGCCCUCAAGUCUCUCGUUUGUUGAUUAUUUAUUUAUUUAUUUGCCAAAUUUCCUCUCCGUCACUCACAGAACGCACCUAAUAAAUUAGUCUUGUGUCUUAAAA